AGAUCUACUCGUAACCACACCCGUAGAUAAAAUGGCGGCAGGCAACAAGCCAGUGAAUAAAGUUGAGCAAUCUCUUUUUGAAGAAGACGAUGAGUUUGAAGAAUUUCCAACUGAAGAAUGGGGGGAAGAUGAGGAGGAGAGAGCUGACAAGCAGUUGUGGGAAGAUAAUUGGGACGAUGACAAUGUUGAAGAUAAUUUUUCAGUUCAGCUCAGGGCAGAGUUAGAAAGACUGGGUCACAAAGUCAUUGACAAUACACAAGAACAAAAAUAAUAAAAAAUUAAUGAUGUUGACAUUAAUUUUACUCUGAACAUUAUAAAAUUAACUGUUGUUAAUGUACAUGUAUAAUGACUGAUUGUUCCAUUAUAAUCAAUAGACAGUCACACUCC